AUGAGACCAAUAUUACUACAAGGACACACUCGUUCUCUUACUCAAAUAAAAUAUAACAAAGAAGGUGAUCUAUUGUUCAGCGUAUCCAAAGAUCAUGUUGUUAAUGCAUGGUUUUCUCAUAAUGGUGAACGGUUAGGAACUUAUAACGGUCACGUUGGUGCAAUUUGGUCUGUUGACGUUAAUUCUACCAAUACACUUCUUUUAACAGGAUCAGCAGAUAACACUGCAAAACUUUGGGACGUUCAAACUGGAAAAUGUUUACAUACAUGGGAAUUUAAAACAGCUGUUAAAUGUGUAGCGUUUUCAGAAGAUGAUGCUAUGGCACUUGCUAUAACUGAACAAAGAAUGGGAUAUUCUGGAUCGAUUGUAAUUUUAGCAAUUGUUAAUGAUGUUGAAGCAAAACAAUCUGACGAACCAAUUAAAAUCAUAAAUCCUGAAGGAUCAAAGGCGAUGGCGGCAACUUGGGGAUAUCUUAAUAGAUAUAUAAUAACUGGUCAUGAAAAUGGUGCCGUUUCUCAAUAUGAUUGGAAGACUGGCGAACAAUUAAAAACAGUUCAUCCACACACAGCCGAAAUAACCGAUCUUCAGAUGUCAAAUGAUCGCACUUAUUUCAUCACAUCGUCCAAAGACAAAUCAGCACAAAUUUUUGAAUCAAAUACACUAAGUCCUUUAAAAAAAUAUUCCACCGAUGUACCGCUUAACUCUGCAGCAAUAACACCUGUUCAAGAAUUUGUUAUUCUUGGUGGUGGACAAGAUGCCAUGCAAGUUACUACAACCACCUUGAGGCAAGGAAAAUUCGAAUGUAGAUUUUGGCAUAAAAUCCUAGAAGAAGAAGUUGGAAGGGUGAAAGGUCAUUUUGGACCUAUUAAUACUAUUGCUGUACAUCCAGACGGGAAAAGUUUUUCAUCAGGCGGUGAAGAUGCGCCUCCAUUAUCACUACCGAAUUACCACGAAUGA